UGACAGAGUGAAGAGAGGAGAGGAGAGGAGUAAAUUACACACGGAUUCACCUCCUAUGUACGAGGUCCGUCGGAAUUAGGGAAUUGCUGUUCACUGAUUAGUCACGCCCAGUAAUGGAUUUCCCUGAACAUAUUGAAAUGUGAUGUGUAUGAAAUCAAAAUACAAAACGAUCUGGGAAGGUGUUUGAUGGUGUUAGUCCAUGGCUAUCUCCAUUAACAAGGUUUAAAUCGUGCUUGGUAGAAGAGGUCGCGGGCAUUAUUGAUAACAACAUUAGACAGGAAGUCAUUGACUGAUCAUGAGGGGUGUUUACUGGUACAGACCGGCACAUGCUCGCUGUAUCAUCGCUGUGAUACUGGCAGUGGACUCGGUUUGAUAUCCCGAUAAAUACUGAACUAGAUGGAGCUCCAGUGCCAUGCCUUUGGCUCUGUGUGCUGUGUGUGUGUUGUAAUGGUGUAGGAUGUUAUGGUGAUAUUGAUACAGUUUUAGGAGACACCACAGUGAAUGACGCUACAUCCCAAUCAUAUGGGACCGGACUGGAUCAAUGCCUGUUCAACCUGUACGGAAUAAAGGGAGGACAUAGUUGUGUUACGUUACCGACUUCUCUGAUUCUGUUCCCUGCUGGUGUGUGUUUACCAAUAUUAACCGUAAACGUAGUACAUAGGACCAGAACACUCUCGGAUCACACACACUAGUGUCGAGGAUGUGAUGGUUUCCCUUUGCCAUUAAUCAAUGGAGGACACAUCGCACGUGCCUUUGAUAGCAGACAACAUGAACUCGAAGGUACAGGUCACGUGUUGCCAUAGAAAGGUCACGAGGUUAAAACUGAUUGGAAUAUGUGUCAUAUGCACUCUGACACUUAUCUUCAUAACGAAGGCCUGUAUCACUCGGCAGUGGCCGGACAGGACAUGCAAGUUUCCGUCAUCAAAUUAUAUGGCUAGUGAUAGCCGGCAACGGAGACUACCUCAAAGUAUCAUUAUUGGAGUAAAAAAGGCGGGAACAGGUGCAUUACGUCAUUUUUUAGAUUUACACCCGGAUGUUAUAACAGCCGGGAAAGAACCAAACUUUUUCAGUUUUCGGUAUGAAAAUGGAUUCGAUUGGUAUAGAAAUUUGAUGCCAUAUUCUACAAAAGGUCAGUUAACUAUUGAAAAAUCUAGUAACAAUUUUCACCAUGAGCAAGCUCCCGGUCGAACUUUUGAAUUCAACAAUACAAUAAAACUUAUCGUUGUUGUUCGCGAGCCUGUGGAGAGAGCUAUUUCUGAUUAUACACAACGCGUCAUCAACAACCGGAGUCGCCGGAAGUUUGAAGAUUCUGUAUUUAACUUCCGGACAGGGGAGAUAAAUCGAGAGUAUAUAUGUAUAAGACCCUCCCUGUACCAUACAAAUCUAAAACGCUGGCUAAAAUACUUCCCAUUAAGCCAGAUACAUAUUGUAGACGGCGAAAACCUGAAACGAAACCCAUACGAAGAAAUAUACAAAGUGGAGGAAUUUCUGGGACUGUCCCACCAGGUGAGGCGGGAACAAUUCGUCUUCAACGCCACCAAGGGUUUCUACUGUUUUCGGACUAGUUCAGUGGUAGAGUGUCUGCGAGAAAACAAGGGCAGGCAACAUAUUUUAAUUAACCCGGAAGUAAAAUCGAGGUUGAAACGAUAUUUUCUACCUUUAAAUGAGCUUUUCUUCAAACAGAUAGGAAAGAGGUUUGAUUGGUCAUAACAGUCGUUUCUAUAUUUGGCAUACCGUUCAAAUAUCAAUUAUAUAUUGAUGGUAAUUUUUUAGAGCAUCAGCUAUAAAACUAUUGGUCGUCAGCCGUCGGUGACCUGGAUGGAUUUUACACACUAAAGUAAUUAAACCACGAACUGCACGUAUUGUUUAACAGAUUUACAUAUUUAAAUGUGUUAUAGGCUUUAUGCAAUCUUAAAGGAGUUUUUCUGAGAUGAAAAUGGUCAAAUAAUUUUAUUAGCGUGAGGUUGGCAGAAGACAUUGCCAGAUACAUAACGAUAUUUUUAAGGUCUCGUCAACUUUCGAAAUAUUACGGACUCUUUCUGAUCAUUCUAUUGAAACUUUAUACAUGGCAACUAGAUAGUAUUGCAUGCUCUAAGAGCUGUACUCUUGCUCAAACUGGUAAAAUACAUCUGCAUAGUAUUUGUCUGUUUUCUGUGACAUCAGACGAGGCAAUAUCAACGGCCAUGUUCAAUUCUUAUAUUUAUUUUAUAAGUUAAAUAUCUACAUGUUAUACAUGUGAACUAGGUAUAUUUGUGUAAAAACAUUUAUAUAUAAAUGUAUAUAUAUAUAUAUGAUACUAUGUACAAAGUAGAGUCAUUUCUUCAUAUUUAAAUACCAAAAUGGUAUACUUUUGGGUACUCGGAUGAUAUUCUAAUCAUUUAAUUCCACAAAUACCUGUAUAUGAUUUCGACACAUUUUCACCUGAGGUGUGACUGCUAUCGAAAGAUUUACAUUCCAUGCAAAGAAAACGUGGCAAUAUUGAAUAUUCUUGUAUAUAUAUUUGGAUACCGAGAACGAGCCAAAACGUAUUUAUAUAAUUUCUUACAAUGGAAAAUACAAAUGCUUGAAAUUGUCGAGCAUAUAAAAAUUUUACAUGAUACUCUUGACCAAGGUCUAUGCAACUUAAUCCUAUUGUUAAAUGAUACCAUCGGUAUGUUAGUAAAAAUCUCAUAUUGUAGAUUUAACAUCUCGGAAAUUCGAAUUUGAUUACAAUUGGUUGAGUGAAUUUGACAAAUUUUAAGUCCUAGCUUGUAAUUGAUUAGAUUCACCCACAUAACUAAAAGCUAUUAGUUGAGAUGUACUUCUAUUAGUCGGCAUCUAUUUGAUUUGCUGCUUGUUGACUCAUACAAAUGAUCCAAUAAAGGUAAAACUCAUUCAGUUAUAGAUACCUGUGCAUCAUAUGCAGAUUAAUGGAUAUAAAUUAAAACACACACGACUUCUUCAUCUUUCUAGUAAUGUCAUACUAAACUAAUAAAUAAAUGUUCGGAUACGA